AUGAAGGAGAGCAGGAGGAGGGCGCCGGGCGAUGGUAGGGGUCUGGCGAAGCCGGAUGUGCUUGUAGAAGGAGUGUCGAGCCUUCUCGUACAGCGGGCAGAGAAUCAGGAAGUGUUCCCGACUCUCCACCUCGCCACACUCGCAGAGGUAAUCAUGCCGCUUGCUGGCACGACUCAAGCCGCUCUCAGGCGGGUUAGAGUUCAAAUCCAAGCCCUCCAAGCCGCUUUGAGCGAGCUUGAGGGCAAAGGAUUUGGCUGCCCCACCUUGCUGAAGGCGGCGAAGGUCCUGCGCGACGAAUACGAGUCGUUAGCGUCCGCCGCUCCUACCACUCCUCGACCCGCAGCUACUACGCGUCCUGUCGCACCCACACCCGCCAAAACCGCCUCAAUCUCCAGCACGACCACCUCGAAACCGACGCGUGACGACGCGACCACCCCGGCCCUCGAGCCCGUCUUGACCCUCAAGCAGGUCGAUGAGCGCAUCCAGAGCGCCAUUCGACCCCUCCAAACCGACAUCGACACCCUCAAAACAUCGCUGGCCGCCGCCGCCGCGACGCCGCCGACUCCGCCCACCACUCCUCCUCUGCCGCUCGUGGACGGCGACGACGCCGGCGACCGCUCGUUCGCGGAAGUCGCGGCAGCCCCAGCCCCUCACGUGCACUGGCCGCGCCCCUCACCCGUCCCAGCCGCACCCAAGACCCCCGCCGCCGAGACGACGAAACCCGCCAGCUACCUCGUACACCUCUACGCCCAGCCCGACCUCACCGCCACGCGCGUCCGUCAGACGCUUGGGGUGCCCAUCUCGAUCCCAACUCGCCAAACGAGAAAGGGAGACGUACUCUUACAUCUCCCAACAGCCGCCGCCGCCUCCUUCCUUCGCUCAACGGCCGCUGCCGCCGGCCUCUCCCCUGCAACGCCGCUCGCCCUUUUCAGCUUGGUCGUGCACGGAGUACCGAGAGGGGUUGAGUCGGAGGAGGAGGUGAUUGAGGCGGUGGAGAAGAGGAUUGGCGAAGUUGGAGCGGUGAGGAGCGUCCGAGCGUUGCCGCCAAGGAAGACGGGCGCGUUGUUCGGGUCGUGGGUUGUCGUCCUGUGGAACAACAAGCACGUCAGCAACUUCAUGGUCGACGAGGGACGUCUCUGGCUCGCCCCCACGGUCUGCGCGGGGUGCGAGAGGGCGAGGGGAAAGAAAGAGAUGACGCACGGGGAGGAGGCGGGCAAGCCGGCGGACGGGGUCGCGGGAGGCGCCAGGGCGGCGCUGGCGGGUGUGAAGAGCAUGGAGAAGGGUCCAGCAGGUGGACUCGACCCGAGGAAGCGGGAGAAGCGCGAUGGGAAGGAGGAGAAGGACGAGCCGGGUCGCACGAAUCUCGCUACGUCGGGCGGCAGCUCGCUCACAACUUCGCCCUCACUCGUCGGGAACAGAUGCAACACGCCUAUUACGAUCACUACAACGUCCUCUACGCCCUCAAACCCGUUUGAGCCCGUUCUCCCGCCCGAACUCGCCAACUUCUCCAUCGAGCGAUCCGUCGACGACGACUUUGGCGCCCAAGUCGACGAGAUUGCGGAUCCUGCGGGGGCAAAGGGUCAGCAACCCCGGCGCUACACGCACCUGCGAAGUCAUACGGAGUUGAAACCUGCGUUAGCGAGGAAUCCUCUACUUCCGCUCGAGGGCGACCCUGACUACCGCCUCCCCCUCCUCGACUUCAUCACCUCCACUGGUCGAUUCGCCCAUCUGACGGAGCCAGCGAAGGACGAGGAGCGGGAAAAGGACACGAGGGAGGGAUCCGGUGACAGCGGGGCGUAG